UCUCAUGCAGCAGGCAGCACCAACCCUAAGGCUCUGUACGUACACAGUCGUCGUCGUCUAACAUUUAUAAAAAAGAAAAAGAAAAAGAUUUCAUUUUGAAUCUCUUGUUUUGUUAGUCUUUCAAUUCCUCCGAUCCCCCAAAAUCUCUUUCUUUCUUCCGUGCGUCUCAGCCAUCAUUAGGGCUUCCGUGUUUGUGUGGUGUGUGGUCCAUAUCGCGAUCAGGCCGAGGUGAGGAAACAAAUUGAGAAUUCGAAGUAGUAGUAGUCGGAAAUGGGAAGAGGAAAAAUCGCAAUCAAGAGGAUCGAGAACCGGACGACAAGGCAAGUUACUUUCUCGAAGCGGCGAGCUGGGCUUUUCAAGAAGACUCAUGAACUCUCCGUUCUGUGCGACGCUCAGAUCGGACUCAUCGUCUUCUCCAGCAACGGAAAGUGCUUCGAAUACUGCUCCCAACCAACUUGCAUGGAUCAAAUCAUAAAAAGGUAUCAGAUUUCACUGGCCGGGAGCCGAGCUCCGGACCGGCUGCACGACGGCAACGACCCGGACCCGGAAGAACUGGCGAGCCAAAUUCGGAAAAUGAGAAAAGAGACGGAGGAGCUUCAGGUGAGAUUGCAGCGGUACACGGGGGAGGAUCUCAGCGCCAUUCAGCUCCGCGAUUUGGAUGAAAUGGACCACCGUCUCCAAAACUCUCUCAAUCGAGUUCGUGCCAGGAAGUCUGAGCUGUUUCAGCAGCAAAUGGACAAUCUCAAGAGAAAGGAGAAAAUUCUGGAGGAUGAAAAUGAGCAAAUAUAUCAUAUGAUAAAAGAGCAGCAGAUGGCGGCGGCGAUGAUGCAGAAGAGCGAAGAGGAACAGAUGAUGAGCAGCCACGUAGACAUGAACCAGCAGCACCAGCAGAUGCAUGACUUUAUCCCAUUCCCGCUCCAUCCUCAGCUUCAACUUCAAGUUCAAGUCCAACAAGCUGAUCAAGAUCAUGAGGCCGAUGAGCCCAGCAGCGUGCUCCAGCUGGCCCCGCUGCAGCCGCCGCCGUCGCCCUUCCACCCCUUCCGCCUCCAGCUCCAGCCCAUCCAACCAAACCUCCAGGACUUCAACCUCCAUUCCUCCACCACCACCUACGAGUAGGAGCGAUGGAUGGGGGCCGGGGGUUUGGACACACUGCAUUCGGGACGAUAUUCAUCUUCAUCUUGCUGGUGACUGUUGACUGUUGACUGUUGACUGUUGACUGGUGAGGCUGCCAAUUUAUCACUACAAUUAAUUAAUUAAU